AUGCUGAAGGACUACUACGCUAUUCUCGAUGUACUGCCCCACGCCUCCGGCGAGGAGAUCCGCCGCGCGUUCAAGCGUCUGGCGCUCCAGUUCCAUCCGGACAAGAUCGGCAGUGGCGCGGCGACAGAGGAGACCUCCACGGUAGAUGCUGACAAGCACCGUGUCGCCACAAAGGGCGGUGAGAAUGCAUCCGCCAACGCGAGUGUUGCCCGCUCUAAUGUAGCGGCGGUCUCGUGCCAACCUCUCUCGAGGGACUUCACGGACAUUCAAGAGGCCUACGAAGUCCUUGGUGACGUUGCGCGGCGCUACCUGUAUGACAUGAACUACCAAGAGCUGUUGGCCGCACAGCAGCAGCGUCGGCAGGAGGACCAAAAGCGCUGCGACGCCCACGCACGGGCUGUGGCUGAGGCAGCUCUGCAGGCCUUCGAGCGUGAGCGCUUGCAACAGCAGCAGCAGCAGCAGCAGAGCCCUCAACCGCGCAACACCAACACAUUUUCCACAAUGGAAUCCAGCAUCGCCGCCGUGGGCCUUCGCACCAAUGCCCCCGGCCCCUCUCUGCCUCAGCACGCCGCACCUCCUAGUCUUGGGAGAGGAGCGGAGGACACCAGUGUCGCUUCGCCUUCCCUGCCACCCGACGAUGCGCCUCAGCACCGGCGACCGUGUCAGGUGCUGGGGUCAGCAGAAAAAGAGAAGGGUAGCCACUGUUCGCUAGGAGACAUUGAGUGCGAUGCGAGUGGUGGGGGUGGGUUGUCGCAGGCUCGUUGGUGUUUCACCGCGCCGACCAGGUCACGCGAGGUCGGCAGCCGCCCCAAGGAGUGCCGAGGUAAAAGGCAAGGGUGCGAGCGUGAUGCUAGCGAGCGUCUCACCUCAAGCCAGGCACAGAGACGCCUCAGCGGUCCGGACGCCACGCGCGCACGACACCACAUGGAAACAACCGUGCCAGCCGUGUUUGUACUGUCGAGUUCCGCGCCGUUCUGUUGGGGUGAGACGGUCGCGCAGACGUGCCCGUCUGUAGUCGAACCGAGCGGCUCACGAGGGAGGCGGUGGCACCGUCAUAGUGCGCCGCGCAACGGCGGGGAGACUGAAGAGCCCGAGUUACCGAUGGAGUACUACUAUCAGCGCUCUAUCGAACGGACUCUGCGCGUGUUCUUCGGUGCGCCUCAUGUAGAGUGA